GGUGUGCGAAGUCCCGCGUUAACUGAAGUCUGGAACCUUUGCGGCCAUGAGUUCUUUUUCUAGUGAGAGAAGUCUUGACGAUCAUAGUUCUGCAAGACGUCGCUCCCCUGUCGACAGGAGAUCAAGGAGCCGUUCUCCCCGACGCUCCAGGGUGAAAUCGAGGCGUAUAAUAAUUGCGAACAUCCCAUACGAUCUAAAUUGGCAAAAGCUAAAAGAAUUAUUCCGGGAACAAAUGGGGUUCACUGGUUUUUUGCAGUUGUUUAAAAAGAAUGGCAAGCCUAAUGGAAUGGGGUAGGUUGAUUUACGGUUGUGCUCAUUUUCUUUAUCAUGAAAGUCUGAUGGAGUUUAAGACGAUUGAGGGGGCAGAAAAAGCCAUCGAAACUAUGCAUCGAUUUGAAGUUGGUGACAGGAAGUUGGUUGUUCGAGAAGAGACAGCUCGUGAUGCUGCUCGUAUAGCAUCAAUGGAGGUUGAUGGAGCGCUACCAAAUGAUCCCGCAAACUCUGUUGAAUGUGGUAAUGUAGCUGGAGUGGGACCCGUUUUCACACCCCAUAUGUUAAGUCAGAUGGGUAUUGAGGGGCCAAUUACUGACUCGGUAUAUGUUAGUAACCUGGAUUACAGUGUAACCUGGCAAAAACUCAAAGAUGUUUUCAAACAAGCUGGAAAGGUUGUUAGCUGUGUCAUAAAAACAGAUUCGGAAGGGAACUCUCGUGGUAUCGGCAUAUUAAAGUUUUCACAUCCUUAUGAAGCGGUUCAGGCCGUUAGCAUGUUUAACAAUCAGAUAUUAAAAGAUAGACCAAUGCGUGUAAAAAUAGAUCGUCAGGGUACUCCUGCUUCGUCGGGUGUACUUUAUCCGCCUUCACAAAGAACUGGUUCAUCUGGAAUCUUGGGUUCCACUACAUCAGUGGUUCCUUCUGGUUCUGUCCCAGCUGAACAACAGUCCUCAAAUGUUAUUGCUGCUCUGUUGACUCUGCUUGGUCUGAAGGCUAAUGCUGAUUCAAGUUCUCAGGGGGGAAUAUUGGAAAUUCUUCGCACUUUGUCUUCAAAUGCAAAUCUUUCUGGGUGUUCGACCGCCUUAGCACCUACUGGAUCAUCCAACAGUCCUCUGAAUCUUGCUGGUCACUCACUGUCAAUGUCAAAUGCUUCACAAGGAAUGAAUCGACUUUCCUCAAAUCAGCUUUCGGAAGAUGGGUUGCAACAACUGAUCUCAGCAGCUACUGCAGGUGGGAUGUCUCAGUCACAAAUAGCCAACGUAUUGUCAACCCUUGGUCUGUCUCAGAAUUCUAAUUUGGAUCAGUCUGGUCAGUUUAAUGGUUCGAGUAUGAUUGGUCGACAUGUUGGUGGUGGUGGUGAUCGAGGCCUUGAUAGAUCACAUUUUGACAAUGGUUAUAUUGGUCGUUCAAAGCAUGAAGCUUCAGGCAACUACCAUAUAGAUUCUCGGACUAAUAAACAAGACUUCUAUAAUGGUGGUUCUGUAAUGAAAUGUGAUCCUUCAGAUAUUCUUAUUCGCGGAGGUUACUCCAGGUCUAGUCGUGGAUAUGAUGAGGAUAGUUUACAAUACGAUAAUAAUCGACGGCAAAUGACACAGAAGUUGGUUGUAAAAAAUCUUCCAUUCUCCUUUACUAAUCAUGAUGUGAAAAGAAUAUUCAGAGAGGUUGGAGAUAUGAGUUAUUGUAAUCUGGUAACUGAUUCUGAUGGUCAUUCACAAGGUAUCGCGUUUAUCACCUACACAAAUCCUGAGUGCAUUCGUCGAGCUAUAGAUCUUUUAAACGGUAAAAUGUUUGAUGGGCGACGUAUUCGAUUGCACGCUGAAUAACAUCCAAUUGAAUCAAAUUGUAUGGAGUUCAUCGUCUACAUGCAUAUUGUAACAGCUUUUAUUGUAAUAUGAAACUUUUAUUGUCAUCAUUUGCAGGCACAUAAAUGCACAAAAAAGUUAUCAUAAUAUCAGUGACAUUGUUAAACGUCAGCUGAAGUUUUGUACGUACUUUGAUAUAUUCACCCAAACACACACACGCGCACAAAUGUGUACACGUAUUGUUUCAUUAGUGUCCCCUUCACUUAGUGACUUCAUUUUGCUCGCGCGCGCACACACACACACACACACAUUCACAUACCUACGUAGUAUAAGUGUUUACCAUGUUUCCGUUAUCCAACUUAUUUUAGUUUGGUGUGUUUAUAAUCAUUUGUCAGUUUAUGUAAACGUUUCGCUUUUUAUUGGAUUGAAGUAUUUGUUCCAAGUAAUGCAAUGUUAAUUUUCUUAAUAACAAUGAUGAUAAUAGCAGUUGAUUGAUUUUAUC